GCACCGCCUCGCCUGUGAUUGGCCGGACUCCGCUACACCUAUGGCCGUGAUUGGCUGCGUGUUACCACCCGCCAGACCUCUCUGAGUUUUGUUUCUCUGUUUUUUUUCACUCUUUUUAUUUUUUGUGGCUCCGCUCAGCUGCAGCCAGUCUGCUGGCAGAGGCUCCGCGCCGGUUACCGACCGCUCACAGGCUCCGCGCCGGUUACCGACCGCUCACAGGCUCCGCGCCGGUUACCGACCGCUCACAGGCUCCGCGCCGGUUACCGACUGCUCACAGGCUCCGCGCCGGUUACCGACUGCUCUCUCUCCAGCCGCUCGGUCCCUCUCCUCGUCAUGCUCAGCUCCUGCCAGGUCGACCGUACAGGCGUCCUGCCUGUCUCAACCAUGGAGCUCAAGCCGUGCAUCGAGUACCACGACCUGGAGGCUGCAGAGGCACUCGUCAGCAUGAGUUUCUGGGGUCAACGGGCUCACAAGCCCCGCCCACUCACCCCCACCUCCGACUCCUGUGACUCCAUACAUCUCCAACCAGAGGGGGGCGACACUCCCAAAGACCUGAUCGCUCUGUCCUCACUGUGUAUGACUCCUCCUCACAGUCCGAGCUUCGCCGAGGCCUCUACCUCUUCUGUCCUCACCACCACCUCCGCUAUGAGCCCCGCCUCCAGAUCACUCCCCCCCCACCCCUGUUUAUCUCCUCCCUCCUUCAUCUCAGAGACUUCAGCAGCUCAGACAGAGUCUACCUCUGUGGCCAAGCCCAGCAGAGCAAUGGCAACCAGUGUGAUCCGUCACACGGCCGACCGCCUCAGCACUCCACCUCCUCCUCCUUGCACCUCCCCACUCACAGAAAUCUCCAAGCCGGGGCCUCCAAUGACACUUCCAGAGGAGAAGGACAGGCCUCCUCCGUCUCGUGCCAGCCCGUCCUUUCUUCCCCCGUCAGCAUCGCCUCCUCACAUCAUCCAGUCGUCUUCCUCCUCUUCCUCUCCAGUGUCCUCCUCCCCUGUCCUCUGCCAGGUAUUUCCAGUGAGCAGCCGCACAGGAAUGAUCUCCGCCUUCGUCCAGGCUCCUGUUCAGGUCCAGACUCAGGGGGGGCCAAAGCACAUCCUGCCCCAGUCUCCUUCCAGCUUCGCUCAGCCACUGCUGGUGGGCUCUGCCAUGCCACAGGGGACCGUGAUGUUUGUGGUUCCUCAGCCGGCCGUCUCCCAGACGACGCAGUGUCCACAGACUGUCAUGACUCUGGGCAACACCAAGCUCCUCCCCUUAGCCCCCGCACCUGUUUACAUGCCGACUGGAGCAAGCGGCCCCUCACAGGCUGACUUCUCCCGCAGACGAAACUAUGUCUGCAACUUCCCGGGCUGCAAGAAAACCUACUUCAAGAGCUCCCACCUGAAGGCUCACCUGCGCACACACACAGGUGAAAAGCCGUUCAGCUGUCACUGGGAGGGCUGUGACAAAAAGUUUGCCCGUUCUGACGAGCUCUCCCGCCACCGCCGGACGCACACCGGGGAGAAGAAGUUUGUCUGCAAUGUGUGCGACCGCCGCUUCAUGCGCAGUGACCACCUGACCAAACACGCCCGUAGGCACAUGACCACCAAGAGGGCGACGUCGUGGCCCACCGAAACCCGAGACCUCAACAAAGUGGCUCUUCCCAAGGGCCAAAACAGAGGCCCUGCUCUUCCUGUUGGCAUGCUUGUCUCCACAGCAAACUAACAGACUCAGGUAGCUAGGCCGGGGCCCGCCGGUGGGGCCGGGGCUCGCCGGCGGGGCCGGGGCCCGCACAGGUUGAACUGUUUUUUUCCGAACAGCUCCACAUCAGGAGGAACAUGUCAGGCUCUGUGUUAAACGCUCACCGAGCUCCAGCUACGUUUACAUUAACAACAGGGUCAUAAAAACACAGCAAACUCUGAUUAACAAUCGCCGUCAAAGAUGGCCGCCUCUUAUGAAACAGGUGCGACAGACUCAUUACCUAUUCGUGGUAAAUUGUUUUCAGCCGUUUCAGCUUUCAGCUCUUCUGAGUCAAAUUCUAACUUAGCAUGUUAGCAUGAUAAUGAUUUUCAAACAUCAAAGAACAAGCUAACAGUUAGCUCCUUACACAGACUUUCUUUCAGAUGGUUGCCUGCUGUCAUUAGCAUGUUAGCAUGAUAUUGUUGUUUACAUACGACAUGCUUGUAAAAUACUUAACGCUAAAUGUCUAACGUUUGAUACGUCAUGAUAAAAAACAUCUGAUCUAAAUUAAUGAAAACAUCUCCAGCUUCGUGACUCAAGUUAAAGGGAAUAACGUCUCCACAUUAAAAAAAUAUUUUUUGUAAUAUUACACCUUUUUUUUAAUUAACUUGGCUUCCAUUAGCGUGCUAGCAUAAUAAUAUUUGUUACCCCAUGUCUUAAAUAUCAACAUGCACAUUAAGUAAAAUUCAAUGCUAACAUGCUAAUUUUAUCCUAAAACAACAAGAUAACUUUUAUUUUGAAAGUGUUGUUGUAUUAGCUUGUUAGGAUGCUAAAAGCUAGCAUGCAAAUUUAGAUUUAAAUGCUAUUUGUAUGGUUAGCAUUCUUAACAUGCUAAUGUUAGCAUGUAGCCUGGGAAGAGGGUUUUAUUAGUUUCUUGAUUUGAAGUUGUAGUUUUGACCAGCUGGUGGCGCUAGAUGAAAAGGUUCAGAAUCUCUGAAGUGUUCUGUACUCAGACUCUGAGGAUGACGACUAACUGAACUAAAUCUAGCCAAAACUGAUUUAUUAUUUAACCGUUAGCUUCCUUUAAGUUUACAGCCGCCAUUAGCAUUGAGGUGUCACUCAGUCUGUUUACAUUUUAACACCUCAAUUAUUUUAAUUGUUUACAUUGUUUUGUGUUUGAUGCAGGACCAGCUUUUUGAGUUUCAGCUUUAAGCUCUUUGGGGAGGUUCGGGUUAGAAGUGGCCUAAUUGAAAAAGGGUAAAACUCCAAACCAAAUCACGCUUCAUUCCAUAUUUAAUUUUUUUUUAACAACAGGGUUAGGUCUGUCUGUUGUUUUUCUGCUUUGAUUUUCUACAAAUACAUAAAAAAGAAAACUAGUAGUCAUUCCACAGUUCUUCAGGUAUUUAGAGGUCUUUGUUAGAAUCAGAGUAUUGCUGUGAUGAGGGUGAAGUUUUGUAGACGGAGCUGGACGCUAGCGGCGGAGCACAGAGUGAGUUUCCCGCCCUGCUCAGGACAUUUUAUUCCCACAACCACAAACUCACCGGAGGAGGCGACAGGCUGCUAUUCAUCCACGGACAAUAAAACAAAAACCUGACAUUGCACUGGAUUUUUUAAUUAAAUCUUUGCUUGUUUUUGUACUCUCUCUCUAUCCGUGUAUAAUCAUGUUUACUACAUGUGUAAAUGUCACGUUUAGCUAAAUGUAUGCACUCUUCUCAUAUUUUGCCAAAGCCUCUGUAUUGUGCUUCUAUUAUUAGCUCUAACUUCUGAUAAUUUGUCUGUAAAUAUUGUACAUAUAUUGAUAUCUAUAUGAAUGUUACGUGUAUUCCAAUCUGCAUUUAUUGACAGUACGAGUUAUUGAUAUUUUAAAAAUGUCAGUGGACAGUAUUCCUCACUGUGAGACUACCUACUAUCUUUGCUUUACACGUUUUAUUAUUAUUUAAUAAACAUUUGUUGAGGAAACAGUGCUGUUUUUUGAUAGCUUGAUUUGGCCCAUAGUGUAGCCAGUAAGAAAAUACCUCAUGUUAAAUGUUAUUCUUAAUAAUAACAGCUUAUAUCCCAAUAAUCCCAUUUCUGAACAUUUGCCUAUAAGCAAUGCUGAAGAAAAUGGCUUUUAUAAUAAAAUGUACCAUGAAAUAAAAGUGUUGCUUUGUAGUGUU